GUCUCUACUGACGCUUAGCUUGUUUGAUUGCCUUGCGGAGGGAAUAGCUACACAGUUUCUAUUCGGUCAUGUUUCCGGUCACCUUUUCCUGGUUAAAAGCAGUGGUUCUCGCUUUGUUUCACGCGAAUGCUGCCAUCAAUCCACGGUUUCUGGUUUGGGAAUGUUUUAAUCGUUGCUAUGGGAACGACAUCAUCAAUGCACUUUCUAAUGAACUCGCUCACCGAAUCAGCGUAUUCGUCAAUUGUUGGACGCAAUGCGGAACAUAUCCCAAUCCGCGUGAUCAAAGCAGUCUUGAAGCGUGGAAUCAGAUUGGUCGGACCAGCGUUGAACAGACCUGAGCGUGGGAGCUUCUUGUUUUAGUUUCUGUCUGUAGGCAGGAAGCAACAAAAUGGAGUCGUGGUCAGCUUUUCCGAAAGGAGGACGGGGGAAGGCCUUAUAUGCGUUGCAGAAGUUAGAAUAGCAAUGGUCCAAGGUUUUACCAGUCCUGGUUGCUCAAUCGAUAUGCUGAUACAAUUUAGGGAGUCUUGUUUUCAGAUUAGCUUUGUUAAUAUCCCUAGCUACAAUGAAUGCAGCCUCAGGAUAUGUGGUUUCCAGUUUGCAAAGAGUCAAAGUUUGUUCAGGGCCAUCGAUGUGUCUGGUUGGGGGGGAAUAUAUACGGCUGUGAUUAUAAUCGAAGAGAAUUCCCUUGGAAGAUAAUGUGGACGACAUUUGAUUGUGAGGAAUUCUAAGUCAGGUGAACAGAAGGAGUUCCUGUAUGUUGUGGUCACACCACGUCUCGUUAAUCAUAAGGUAUACGCCCCCGCCCCUCUUCUUACCAGAAAGAUCGGCGCGAUGCGUGAAGAAACCAGCUGGCUGCACCAAUUCCGUUAGCGUUUCUCGAGUGAGCCAUGUUUCCGUGAAGCAAAGAACGUUAGUCUGAUGUCUCUCUGGAAUGCUACCCUUGCUCGGAUUUCAUCAACCUUGUUGUCAAGAGACUGGACAUGGGGUCGCAGGCUGGGAUCCAUUCCGUUGUCCUGGGUGGAAGGCAGAACACAGGAUCCGCUUCUGGAAAGUCAUAUUCCUGGUCGUACUGAUGGAAACUGACAACCCAAGAUCAGCCAGUUGAGGACACCUGAGCCCCCCUUUGUACUGUGACUGUCUUGUACCACAAUGCUUGGCCUUCAGGGAAGCACCUCAUCCCCUAAAAUGUAUCGCUGUGUGGCUUGUUCAGCCACCUUUACUGGAUUGGCAUCCUUGUUGGUGCACCAAGCUUCUCAUGCUGGUCAAUAUGACAAGCAACCACCACAAUCUGAGAAGCAGAGCCUUUGCACUCACUGUGGUGAAGUGCUUUCAAACAAGGAGCUCCAAGACCAGCACUGCUGCAAAGCAGUACCUGAGACCCCGGCUCUCUCUCUUUUUAUCUGUGAUUGUGGGGAUGAGUUUCAGAACUUUAAUGAAAUGCUGGAGCAUAAAAGAUCUCAUGUCUCAACCCCCCAGCAGCAGACCCAGACGACUGAUGCCAAAUAUUUGAGCCAAGACGAAUGUAGUCUGGUUGAACCAGCCCAACCAGUCUCCCCUCAGCCAACCCUUAGCCAAACCAUUUUGGGCCUCAUUCCCCCCUCUCAUCCCUCACCCCUAUCUCCUGUCAGUCCUAGUUCAAUUCUCCCACAGCUUAAUAGCACAUCCACUGUUCCUGAAGUCUAUACAAAUAAGGGGUUUAUUGCCCUAACCAGACCUCCAGAGCUGAACAACCUCCCUCCAGGCGCAAGUGAGCAAGAAUUACAGCCUGAUGGGCUUAACCAACCUGAGAACAUCUCUACUGCACAGGAACCCUCACCACAAUCUGUCCAGGAUGAGACUCCUGAGGAUGCAGACUGUCCUGUUACAAGCGGCGCAUCUUCAGAAGAUGCCGGCGCACCUAAAAAUGAGACAAUAAUGAAGAUGAUAGCAAAUGCUUACAUGAAACGUUAUCAACCUGCUCAACACUACCCAUUAAGACACAAGAGACUUGUGUUCCCCAAAAAAGAGCAUAUACCAGUGGAGGUGGUGUCACAAUCCAAACAAACAGCAGCAUCCACACCAGGGCCCUCUAUUGGCCAGUUAAGACACCUGCUUACAAACUCUGGUGCAAAGACAAUAGCCCGUCCAUCUGGCAUCAUAUCUUUGACUCAGACCUUCUGCCCUGUAGUAGUUCUUGAGACCCGCCAAAAGCUUAUUGAUUCUAGAAAUAGGGCCACACAGGGGAGAUAUCAAUGUGGCCGCUGCCGAAGUGUUUUUCAGGACUUGGACAGCUUGACAGUGCAUCAUGCCUUACACAGGAAGGAGAUAGUGAAGUGUUGUCGUCACUGUAAACAACUGAUGAUUGGAAAACCACCCCUUCCAGACAACCACAUCUGUCCCCUGGCUCCCCACCACCUUACCUCAGUGGGGAGUAAAUGCCACUCUAUCAAAAAGACUGCAUUAUUCCAGAAGCAAAAGAAGCAACAACCACAAAGAAUCUUCCAAAGUGUUAAAGCUCGGACGCCUUACUUUUGUCAAGUGUGCAAGCACAGCUAUGCCCGUAGGUAUAAUCUCAAUGUGCACAAGUGUCAGGGGCCACCCCAUCCUCCUCAGCAUGCCUCCAACUCUGCCCUGUGCAAAAAUACUGCAUUUGGGUUAAACAUUAAAGCAAGGGAGCCUGUCACAGGCGUCAACCAGAGGCCUCUAAUCUCCAAAACCAUCGGUGUGGGCAAUGUCAGCACUCGUCAGAUAAAGGAGGAGGUGAUUUCUGCAGAAUCAAGGCCACAUCCUCAGUUUCCUGAUUUGCUCUGGUCUGGUUCACCUAAAAGCUUCUCAUCCUUCUAUCCCAAAGUUUCCACGCAUGUAACACCAGAAGAAAUUGAUUCAGGAUCUGCAACACUACAGCAAGGAGAUGGUGAAGGAGACAACGCAGCAAGUAGUUUUAAACAAGAAGGUAAAGAUGGAGAAUGGACAAUGCCUUUAGAUGAUUCUGAGAUUGACGUGCUGAUUGAGGCAGUAGAUGCAGAAGACGACGAUGAUUUAAUGCUACAAGAACCUAUUUCUCAGGGUCAUGUCAAAUCCACAAAGGAUGGCGUGCCUUAUUUCAUAAAAGAUGGUGCUAGACGUUUUCCCUGCUAUAGAUGUCAGAAAACGUACAGUCGAGGGUGCACAUUAAAAAAGCAUCAAAGACUGUGUGGAAAUAGAUCAUUUUUGCCACAAUCUACCUUCCGGGCGGUAGCACAGAAAGUCAACAAGGGUCAAUUCCAAUUCGAUUGCUAUGUCUGUGGGAGGAGCUUUAACCGCAAAGAUAACAUGCUGAUUCAUAGGAAGAAGUGCCAGUUAAGUAGAACAGUGGCCAAGAAUGAUAAUGGACUUUUACAACAGGGCUUAUCAGCAGCCCAGGCACCACAACGUCUCGUGGCACAAAGUAGUAAAAAUCUGGGGGAUAAUGGGGCAAAUUGGGGUAUUAUGUCAUUGCCCAAUGUUCUCCCCAGGAGAGUGACGUGUGAGUGUGGGGCAGGCUUCACUAGCCCACGGCUCCUCCUGGAGCAUUUGCAAAAGCAUGCACAGGAGUCCUAUACCUGCCCCACAUGCGGUGAGACACUGAGUUCCUGGGCAGACUAUGAAGUCCACCUACAAGUGCACAUGCAGCCUCAGCACCAGAUGUAUGGGGGAAUGCAACAGCAGAGCUCUCCACCUCUACUGCUUAGGUUUCCACAGCAGCCGCGUCAAUGUCGGCAGGCCCUGCCAAAGCAGCGACAUGCGCCUCCGCAACACACUCUGCCAGCACAGCGCCCUCAGCCAAAUCAACAACCUCUGCGGAAGCCUAGGAAGCCACAGCCGCGCUGUGUGUGCAUACGAUGCAGCAACACCUUUUGCAGUCGUGGCGCGCUGCUCAAGCACCUCUCCUGGAAUCGGUGUAAAGGUGACAGAGGAGCUAUUUCAGCAAAGGCAAACCACUGUUCCCGCUGCAGCAUGGACUUCCCCAAUGGCCUCAGCCUCAAGUUUCACCAGCUAAAUGGAAUGUGCAAGCCUGCCUUCAAGCCCAUGCGUUGCCCUGUGUGCGUGCGCUGGUUUGGCACUGUGGAGGGACUCCAGAAACACCUGCAAACACACGACCAGACCAACUCGUUUCGCUGCCUCAUCUGCCAGCGCCUCUAUCCCAGCCUACGGUCACUGAAAGACCACCGCAGAAAGGUCCAUUGCAUUUUGUCUGGAGACACAGCGCAGGUUACACAAUGAGAGUGAAUACUCUGAAAAUCAUAAUCCAACAGAACAUGUAUGAACAAUGAUUUUAGCUAAAUGUUUUUGCAAGAUCGGUUAGUGAUUUGAGGGAUUAAUUUUGUCUUGUGUAACCAUAUAUAAUCACUAUUGUACUAUACUACUUUGAUUCUAUUUUCACCGUCUUAUCAAUAGACUUUUCUUGCUCACUUGAACCUAUUUUAAUGGUCAUAGUUGUAAACUGUUGUAUUGUGCUGUAAAAUGCAAUGAUGUUUUUAGCUUGUUCUUAAGGGUAUACUUUGGGAUUUUGGUAAUGAAAUCCUUUAUCAACUUCCCCACUAUGAAGGAAGUUCGAGGUAGUUACCGUAGACUUCGUCAUUGUGCUAAUGCUAGUUAGCAACUUCCUUCAAACUGCACGCAGAGAUAUAAAAAUGGUAUCGACAAGUUCAUCUGACUCUGGGAAGUAGAUUAAGGGCUUUAUUGCCAAAAUCCUGAAGUAUCCCUUUAACUCUUCAACCAUUAUUAAAAUGUACCACUUACUGUUCAACUGCUAUUUUAGGUUGUGCAAAACGUUGAUGGUUAUAUCUUAAUGUGGUAGCUGUCAGUGCAUUGUGGAGAAAGCAAUUAAGUGAAUAUACACUACAAAGUAUGUGCACACCUGCUCGUCAAACUCCUCAUUCCCAAAUCAUGGGCAUUAAUAUGAAGUUUGUCACCCCCCCUUUGCUGCUAUAACAGAAUCCACCCUUCUGGAAAGGCUUUUGUGUAGAUGUUGGAACAUUGCUGAGGGGACUUGCUUCCAUUCAGCCACAAGAGCAUUAGUGAGGUCGGGCACUGAUGUUGGGCGAUUAGGCCUGGCUCGCAGUCGGCGUUCCCAUUUAUCCCAAAGGUGUUCAAUGGGGUUGAGGUCAGGGCUCUGCAGUCCAGUCAAGUUCUUCUACACCGAUGUCGACAAACCAUUUCUGUAUGGACCUUGCUUUGUGCACGGGGGCAUUGUCAUACUGAAACAGGCAAGGGCCUUACCAAACUGUUGACGCAAAGUUGGAAGCCCAGAAUCGUCUAGAAUGUCAUUGUGUGCUGUAGCGUGGAUUUCCCUUCUUUGGAACUAAGGGGCCUAGCCCGAAACAUUAAAAAACAGCCUCAGACCAUUAUUCUUCCUCCACCAAACUUUAGUUGCCACUAUGCAUUGGGGCAGGUAGCGUUCUCCUGGCAUCCACCAAACCAAGAUUCGUCUGUCGGACUGCUAGAUGGUGAUGCUUGAUUCAUCACACCAGAGAAUAUGUUUCCAUUGCUCCAAUGGCGGCGAGCUUUACACCACUCCAGCCGAUGCUCGGCAUUGCGCAUGGUGAUCUUAGGCUUGUGUCCGGCUGCUCGGCCAUGGAAGUCCAUUCCAUGACGCUCCCGACUAACAGUUAUUGUGUUGAUGUUCCAAACUGCCUUUGGAAGCUCGGUCGUGAGUGUUGCAACUGAGGACAGGCUUCUUCUUUUUUCUUCUCCCCUCCGCACUCCGGUUCCGUUCUGUGAGUUCGAUGUUUCCACUUCACAAUAAAUGCACUUACAAUUGAUCAGGGCAGCUCUAACGGCAGACAUUUUACGAACUGAAAAAUGUGGCAUCCUAUGACGGUGCUAUGUUGAAAGUCACUGAGCUCCUCUGUAAGGCCAUUCUACUGCCAAUGUUUGUCUACUCUAUGGAGUUUGCAUGGCUGUAUGCUCAAUUGUAUACACCUGUCAGCAACGGUGUGGCUGAAAUAGCCAAAUCCACUAAUUUGAAGGGAUGUCCAUACUUGUGUGUGUGUGUGUAUAUAUAUUUGAGCACUUCCAUCAAAACAGAAAUGUAUAGGAAAUAGCAUGUAGUGUGUGUUGCUCCUUGUUUUAAUAAAGCCCCAUUCAUAG